GUGGGAGGUGUUGUGGUGCGUGUUGAUAGCCUGGUGCAACGAGUGCGGUUGCAUGGUAACUCUGGUUGGGGUUGGAGAGUGUGAUCAGGCGUGGGGUGGGGACUGAGAAGGUGCUCGGAGGCCGGAAACUGCUGUUUGGCAUCGGCAAUGGCUUAAGGCGCAUCGGCAAUGGCUUAAGGCGCGUUGCAGAAUAUUUUAGGACGCGAAAUGCUGAUGAAAUGUGAAUGGCCUCGUUCGAGCCCUGGGGUUCCAAACACUUGUGUUCUCAAGGGAUGCUAGGCAAUGCCAAAUGACCACCUGCAGGAGAAUGGAUUACUCUAUUGAUCAGCCAUUCCGAGAGCCAGUGUGGUUAGUGGUUAAAAGCUGCAGACUCUAAUCUGGAGAACCAGUUUCAGGAAUCAAGCAUGUCUACUGGAAAACAAACAGAUGAAACUCUCUUUCCAGAGGAGUGACUGUUCUGUGAAGAUUUUUUAAAUCUACCAUGAAAAUACUGUGAUUUCAGCCUGCUUUGACAUCUUCUGUCUGUUCAGAAAUGUUUUUCUCAUUUUCAAGAAAAAAUGCAUCCCAGAAAUUAAGUUUAUUGUUGCUGGUUUUUGGUUUUAUCUGGGGCAUAAUGUUAUUGCGCUAUACUUUUCAACAUCCACGGCAACAAAGUAGUGCUGAGCUGCGUGAACAAAUCCUGGACUUGAGUAAAAGAUAUGUCAGAGUCCUGGCAGAAGAGAACAAGAAUAUAAUUAAUGGUGGUAAUGGAGCUGCAAUGGCAGGAUAUGCUGAUCUCAAAAGAACGAUUGCGGUUCUUCUAGAUGACAUCUUGCAGCGCUUGGUAAAACUGGAAAACAAAGUCGACUACAUUGUUGUAAAUGGUUCAGCAACAAAUACCACAAAUGGAAACUUGAUGCCAGCAACUACAAGCAAACGAGUAAAUGCAGCAAACAACAUAAGAUAGCAUACAAAAUCACAAUGUGCCAUUGGUUUAAUUCUGUUCAGAAUUCACUUUGUGCAGCUGUAUUGGGCAUAGAUUUAGUUCUGUCUAAAAUCACUAUGUGCAGCUGUAUUUGCUGUUGAUUUAGUUCUGUUCCACUGUGGAAAAGCAACACUUGCCUCUGAAAGUUUGUAUCCUGUUUCAACAGGGAUAGAUGAGAUAGAAGUCAAAGCUGUGCUGUACAGUUUCUUAUUUAAAGAUAUGCUGGAAAUAUAGCUAGUGUAGUAAGAUAAGUGAAUAAUGUGUAAACUGUGAGAUUAUAUGAAAAAAUUAUGAAGGAUGUUGAUUUAAUAUCUAAAAUCUAUUUAAAUAUAAAUCUAACAUAUCUUUUGAACAAGUGACAAAAUUAGCUUAAUCAUUUUUGUGAUCUGGUUACAAUGCAUAGCAGUGAAGGAUCAUGUCUCUGUUAACAUGAAUGCUAGAAAGUAAAUGUAUCUAAAGUACUUUUAACAUCAUCAUGAGCUGAUUGUAAAAAAUCAAGAUAACAUUGUGGAUAACAUUUUAAAAUGGCUAUCCAAAGAAUGUUUUUAUUUGCACUAUUGUGGAAUAGCUAGAGAGAGAAUGUAUUAAAAUACCAUUUAUAUUUAUGCAACAUGCUGAAGUGCAUAGUUACUAAAGAAUUAGGGCAGUUAGAUAAAAGAAACUAUAAUCUGUGGUGGUACAUAGCUGUCUAAAAUAUUUAAAUCUGUUUAGCAACUGAAGAUAAAAUAAGUAAUAGAAGUUACAUCAGAUAUUAAACAUUGCUAGCUUUUUAUUCAUUGAUUUUUGUGACUAUAUAAGUACCCUACAGCCUAUGAUAAAUAUGGCACACCUCUUAAGCUGUUCCUAAGGAGAGGAGUGAACUGAGAUGAAUGGAAGCCAGGCAUCUUGAUGCUUACUAAAGAGAUGUGCUAAAAGGGUGCACUCUGGCAGGUAGUGCUGUUGUGCCAAUGUCCAGUGGAUAUGCACCCAAGCCUUUUAUGGUAGACUUGACAACAAAUGGGAGUGAAGGGGAAUGCUGCCUUAUAUCCAUGUUAGCCUUACAGCAGCAAAUUGCAAUGAGGGUACACUACAUUCCAUAGUGUGCUUUCUGUAUCAUACAUUCUAAAAAGUGCCAGUCUGAGUUUUUGCAUUUAUUAUGGAAUGAUUUCUAAAGGGUCUAUUCAAAUAUUUUUUUGCUUAAAAUAUGCGGUGUAGUUUUCAAAUAGCUCUUAUUUAAAAGAAGAACAAGUUAUGUGGUGCUGGAUGAUAUAUUGUCCCAAAUGAUUGUCCCUGCAGAUAACUACAAAAGCUGGAUUGAAUUAAUUAAACAAAUAAAGUAAAAUAUGAAGUCAAA